GCUUGGGGCUGAAGAUGCCCCUCCAUCUGUAACGCUAAUUGCGUGUGUGCCCUUUACUGUUUUCUCUUGUAGUUAGAGAAUCCGAGGACCCCUUUUGUUCUUCCUCCAGGUUGCUUGAUGGGAGGCAUGAUGGCUCCAAAAGACAUAAUGACGAACACACAUGCUAAGUCCAUCCUCAACUCGAUGAACGCCCUCAGGAAGAGCAAUACACUUUGCGACGUGACCCUGAGGGUGGAGCAGAAAGACUUUCCUGCCCACCGCAUUGUGCUGGCUGCCUGCAGCGACUACUUCUGCGCCAUGUUCACCAGCGAGCUUUCAGAAAAGGGGAAGCCGUAUGUUGAUAUCCAGGGUCUAACCGCGUCUACCAUGGAAAUCCUGCUGGACUUUGUAUACACAGAAACGGUGCAUGUGACGGUGGAAAAUGUUCAAGAACUGCUUCCAGCAGCCUGUUUGCUACAACUGAAAGGUGUGAAGCAAGCCUGCUGCGAGUUCCUAGAAAGUCAGCUGGACCCUUCCAACUGCCUGGGUAUCAGGGAUUUUGCUGAAACUCACAAUUGUGUUGACUUGAUGCAAGCAGCUGAGGUCUUUAGCCAGAAGCAUUUUCCUGAAGUGGUACAGCAUGAAGAGUUCAUUCUUCUAAGUCAAGGCGAGGUGGAAAAGCUAAUCAAGUGCGAUGAAAUUCAGGUGGAUUCUGAAGAGCCAGUCUUUGAGGCUGUCAUCAAUUGGGUGAAACAUGCCAAGAAGGAGCGAGAAGAGUCCUUGCCUGACCUGCUACAGUAUGUGCGGAUGCCCCUGCUAACCCCUAGGUACAUCACGGAUGUAAUAGAUGCUGAGCCUUUUAUCCGCUGUAGUUUGCAGUGCAGGGAUCUAGUUGAUGAAGCCAAGAAGUUUCAUCUGAGGCCUGAGCUGCGGAGUCAGAUGCAAGGGCCCAGGACGAGAGCUCGUCUAGGAGCCAAUGAGGUGCUGCUGGUGGUUGGGGGUUUUGGAAGCCAGCAGUCUCCCAUCGACGUGGUUGAAAAAUAUGACCCCAAGACUCAGGAGUGGAGCUUUUUGCCGAGCAUCACGCGUAAGAGACGUUACGUGGCCUCAGUGUCUCUCCAUGACCGGAUCUAUGUCAUUGGUGGCUAUGAUGGCCGCUCCCGCCUCAGUUCGGUUGAAUGUCUUGACUACACAGCAGACGAGGAUGGCGUCUGGUAUUCUGUGGCCCCUAUGAAUGUCCGGCGAGGCCUUGCCGGAGCCACCACCCUGGGAGAAAUGAUCUAUGUCUCUGGAGGCUUUGACGGAAGCAGGCGUCACACCAGUAUGGAGCGAUAUGACCCAAACAUUGACCAGUGGAGCAUGCUGGGAGAUAUGCAGACAGCCCGGGAAGGUGCUGGUCUGGUAGUGGCCAGUGGAGUGAUCUACUGUCUAGGAGGAUAUGAUGGCUUGAAUAUUUUAAAUUCAGUUGAGAAAUAUGAUCCUCAUACAGGACACUGGACUAAUGUCACACCGAUGGCCACCAAGCGUUCAGGUGCUGGAGUAGCCCUGCUGAAUGACCAUAUUUAUGUGGUUGGGGGAUUUGAUGGUACAGCCCACCUUUCUUCUGUUGAAGCGUACAACAUCCGUACUGACUCCUGGACAACUGUCACUAGCAUGACUACUCCACGAUGCUAUGUGGGGGCCACAGUGCUUCGGGGGAGGCUGUAUGCAAUUGCAGGAUAUGAUGGGAAUUCCCUGCUGAGCAGCAUUGAGUGCUAUGACCCCAUCAUCGACAACUGGGAAGUGGUGACAUCCAUGGGAACCCAGCGCUGUGAUGCUGGGGUGUGUGUCCUCCGAGAGAAGUGACUGCUGUCAGAGCAGCAGCCGGAGCUGGCAGCCAGUCCAAGGAAGUUUGCAGGAGCAUCAAGGAUCCUUCCAGAAUGUCUGGUUCUCACUAUCUGAACAGGGUGAUUACAGGCACCAGUGCAGUGAUGAUUGUACUUAUUUG